GAGAGAAAGAAGAGAGAGAAAAGGAGACGCGGAAAGGAAGAGGAGGGGAAAGGCAAGGAGGCUCGGAGGGAGCCCGAAGGAGAGCCGCCCGGCUGUUUGGGGAACUAAAAGGAGCUCAGCGCGGCGGCGGCGGCGGCAACAGCGACGGCGGCAGCAAUACGCUGAUUGCAACUGACAGCGCCUGCAGUUCGUUUCAAGAUGGCCGCUUGGCUCACAUUCAUUUUCUGCUGAACGACUUUUAACUUUCAUUGUCUUCUCCCGGCAGCUUCGGUCGUCCCCCGGCAGCGCCUUUCCGCGGAGUUUCCUCGGAUUGAGCCAAAAUGCAUCGCACCACCCGCAUCAAAAUUACCGAGCUCAACCCGCAUCUCAUGUGCGUGAUCUGCGGCGGGUAUUUCAUUGAUGCCACCACUAUCAUCGAAUGCCUGCACUCCUUCUGUAAGACUUGUAUUGUGCACUACUUGGAGACCAGCAAGUAUUGUCCUAUUUGCGAUGUCCAAGUUCACAAAACUAGGCCUCUUUUGAACAUAAGAUCUGAUAAAACUCUCCAGGACAUUGUAUACAAGUUAGUACCAGGUCUUUUCAAGAAUGAAAUGAAAAGAAGAAGAGAUUUUUAUGCUGCUCAUCCAUCUGCUGAUGCUGCCAAUGGCUCUAAUGAAGACCGGGGAGAAGUUGCAGAUGAAGACAAAAGGAUUAUAACAGAUGAUGAGAUAAUAAGCUUGUCCAUUGAGUUCUUUGACCAAAAUAGAGCUGACCGGAAAGGAAGCAAAGAGAAGGAGAAUGCCAAAGAGGAGGCCAACGACAAAAGAUAUUUACGCUGUCCUGCAGCAAUGACCGUAAUGCACUUGAGAAAGUUUCUCCGGAGCAAAAUGGACAUACCCAAUGCUUUUCAGAUUGAUGUCAUGUAUGAAGAAGAGCCUUUGAAGGACUACUACACGCUAAUGGACAUAGCGUACAUUUACACUUGGAGAAGGAACGGCCCCCUCCCUUUAAAGUACCGCGUACGGCCAACUUGCAAGAGGAUGAAGAUCUGUGGCCAGCAGCAGCGAGACGGCUCGCACAACAGCGGGGAGCUGGAAAGUGACUCUGGCAGCGAAAAAGCCAGCAGCCCCGCGGGAGGCGCUGCUGCUUCCACUUCGUCCUGCGUGCUCAGCCCCAGCACUCCGGUGCAGUCUCCUCACCCCCAGUUCCCCCACAUCUCUAGCACUAUGAACGGAACCAGUGGCAGCCCCAGCGGUAACCACCACGCCUCCUUUACCAACAGAACCCGGAAAGCGUCCAUCAAUGGCUGCUCCGCGACUUCCUCUGGCUGACCCCAUAAACUCUCCUUUCUGAAUCUGAAGACUGGAUGCCGAGGUUAGGGCACUUUUUCUGCCCUUCGGCCUCUAUUGCGCCACACCAUAAAGCUUUACAGUUGCUAAUUCCACAUGUGUCUAUGCCUGACAAUGAAUAAAAGAGGAAUCAUGACUGGGUGGACUAGGGAUGGACCUUUUUUAGAUUAAACAACCACCACAGCAAAGUGUUUUCUUAAGGACUAGCAACACGGAAAAACAAACAAAAGAUACCAAUCCAGAUAUUUCCGGAGUACUUUUUUGUUUUUUGGCUUCCCAUCGUUAAUCUGUUUCCUGAUUUGGACUCAAGAAUGUCGGAAAAUGGAUGGCUAUCACAAAUGAGACCUAAGUUUUUUAAAUCCAGAUUAAUUCCUACAUCUCUCUCGGAUUAUGAACAUUGUUCCGCUGUUUUGGAGAAUCUCAUUGAAAGCAAGUGGUUUUCUUUUCCUUCUCCACCUUGGGAUGCGUAAACACCAGACUGAAUAUGCAUAAAACAAUGCGUACAUGUAGCCACACCACUGUGAAUAACAAUGUAUUUGCUUUAUUAGCCAUUUUGAUUUGUAGUUUGCAUCCAUGACUUUUCUGUGCAACGUGGAAGCCACUGAAAGACCAGAAAGGAAGGGAAGGGGGAAGUGGUAUGGAAGAAAGGAAGGAAGAGGGGCAGUCCAUGUUCAGUUUUACACUUGUAUGCCUAAAAGCGGGUAUUGCUAUUUCUUUUACUGGUUGGUUUAAAGAAAAGAGAAAUCACACGAGAAAACAAGAUAAGCUCUUUUUGUAAGGUUUUGAUGGCAUUGUGAGCUUGUGGAAGAAUGACAAAACAGGAGGCAGUAUUGUAUGAUAUAUUUAUAAUGAAAAUAUUGUGUUUCACGCAGUGUUGAUGAUGGUGGUUAAAUUCCCCACUGGCUCGACCCUCGCAGAUGCUUUGUGGGGUGGGAGUUGGGGGCUCUUUGCCAUGAAAAUCUUUCACGAGCUCUUUGCCAUGAAAGCGGGAGAACGAGUUUCCAUCUCCUUAACCGGAAGCAAUCGGCAAUAUCAAAAGGAUUUCAUGAGCCUUGUCUGGUUCCCAGGAUUUUUACUUUUACUCAAUGUACUUAAUUGUUUUAAUGCUGGGGAGGGGAGGGCGAGGGCAGGCGUUGGAGAAAAUGGAGGAAUGUGGGAGCAAUUUGACUUCAUUCGUUUUAUUUGGGAAUGGAUAGGGAUUUGUGGUCAUUUUUUUCCCCCAGAAAGAAAAAGCACAGGAAUGCAUAUAAGAAGCCAUAAAGUAUGCAGGAAUCUUUUUCAUUCAUUCUUUCUAAAGAGAUCAGUAAAUUGAGGAGAUGAAGGCUUUUUAUCUAAAUUUGUUUUAAUAUAUAUGUAUGUAUAUGGUACAGUACUAACUUGGUUAAAGAUUAACAGGUACGCUGAUAUUCUCCAACAAGCUGUCGGGAAGCCUUUCUGCAAAACAGUUUUCUGAAGGGAUCAGGAUUUUUGAGGGUGGGUGGGAAGGGAAGGCUUGAAAAUGUAAGUCUCUUGAAGAAUCUCCAAUACCUUUCAGUUUGUGCUUUGCUUUGGUCAAAAUGUGUGUGUGGUGUGUGCGUGCGUGUGCCUGUUCUUCACUCAUCAGUUACACAUUUGUGAGGGUGUUUAUCCUAUAUGCUUAUUGUUUCAUGUUUGUACAGGGAUAUUCUAGCUAAGUAUUUCGUUGUCUCCAGUCUGCAAAAAAAGAAAAAAAGCACAAUUCUAUGCUUUGUCUUGCUUACAGUCAUUAAAUCAUUACUUUUACAUAUA